CGGGGCGGAGCGCCGUGCGGCCUCGUGAGCGCCGCCCCGGGUCGGUCGCCGGAGAUCGAAAAUUUGGAGAUCACAAGGGAAAUAACUUGCCUUGUCCUCCAUCCGACUGUGUCUGACACUUUGGCACCUAACCAGAUCGUUUCAGGAAGACAAAGUACAACCUGACCUGUGGUGGUGCAGGUAAUUGCUUGGUUUAACAAGAGCAGGGAAUGCAAUAAAAAGGAAGGGGCAGUGCUUUUUCUCACAUUUGAGUCUCAGUAUAGUCUUUGUUCUUGCCUGUUUCCCAUACCCAUUAAUUCAGAGUAGAUGUUAGUUUUUGGAAGUAAAGCUCAACUGUAGGUUUUGGUGAUUUCUGUUUCCCCCCCAGCAUACUUUGUGGUCUGCUCUGCUCCCACUUGGAGAUCUAGCAUUCAUUUAGCAGUUUUUUUGUACACGUAUCUGUACUGGUGCCAGCUUUAUAGGGAUAUGGGACAGGGUUCUGCUGCUUUCACAAAACUGUUAAUGCAGGUGGUUUUGAAGUGCAUGCAUGGCACAUCCAGUUAAAGAGAGAAUGGCUUGAAAACAAAUACAAAGAUACCUAACAGCUACUUUGUGCUAGCUUGUUAGGAAAACUUUUGUUUUUCCCCACAUAAUUAAAAUUAAAAAUAUUGUUAUAUCCAUGGUGCAACCCGAAGUAAUGUUUUGACACUGAAUCCUAAUCACAUGUAGGAAGAGAUAUUUGUUUUAUAUGUAGCAAGUGCUUUAUAAGAUGCUAGCUUGGUGACUAGAUUCUACAGUGCCCAUGUACUGCAUUAUGUUUUGUGUAGGAGCAAUUGAGAACAAAUUUGAACAGCAAACUUAUUAGCAUAAAUGAAAGUACUGGAACAAAGUAUGUUGCCAUUGCCCUAAAAUCAAACAGUUUUUAUGUGAGCUUCAGUGCUGCGUUGCAAACUGGCAAGUUAACUUAAAUAAAAGUUAAAAUAUAUUUUACUAUAACAGAGUCAAAACCUCCUCAUUUGCAUGUUGUACAUGUGAUCUGCUUUAGUUUGAGGAUAAAACAGUACGUAAGUGAAAAAUUAACCUCUGCAAAUCAGUUAUUUCUUCCAGGAGAAUGUAUCUUAGUAAGGCACUGUGUGCGCCUCAUUUAUGAAUUAGGAGACAUGUCCAACUGUUUUAACUUCAAGUUCUUUUGUUUGUUUGUUUGUUUGUUUUGGAAGUGGAUUAAAUGGCGACAUUAAUUCGCACUUUAACAGAUCAUAGUGAUGAUGUCAACUGCUGUGCCUUCUCAUCAUCGUGCUUGGCUACUUGUUCCUUGGACAAAUCAAUUCGUGUUUACUCUUUAAAUGACUUCAGUGAGCUCCCAUACUCACCUUUGAAAGGUCAUGCAUACGCUGUCCACUGCUGCUGCUUCUCUCCAUCAGGACACACUUUAGCUUCGUGUUCCACGGAUGGCACUACCAUCGUUUGGGACGCUCGUGAUGGUCGGAUGCUGGCAGUGCUGGAGCAGCCCACUGGCAGCCCAGUCAGAGUCUGCCGCUUUUCUCCUGAGUCCUCUUACCUGGUGUCAGGUGCAGCUGAUGGAAGUGUUGUUCUUUGGAACAUGCACUCAAUGAAAAUGUACAGAUCUGGGAAUGUUAAAGAUGGUUCUUUGGUGGCGUGUGCUUUUUCUCCGUGUGGAAAUUUCUUUGUCACUGGAUCAUCAUGCGGUGAUUUGACUAUUUGGGAUGAUAAAAUGAGAUGUCUGUGUAAUGAAAAAGCACACGAUCUUGGCGUUACCUGCUGUGAUAUUUCUUCACAUCCAGUUUCUGGUGGUGACCAUGCGUCCGGAUACUUCCAGAUGGCAUCUUGUGGUCAAGAUAAUAAGAUCAAAGUCUGGUUUAUUUUGUUUGCAGACUCCUUAGGUUGUGAAUUAAGAUAUAAAUGCACGUUGAGUGGACAUUCUGCCCCAGUUCUGGCUUGUGCAUUUUCUUAUGAUGGGCAGAUGUUAGUCUCAGGGUCUGUGGACAAGUAUGUCAUAAUAUAUGAGACUAAUACUGGCAAUAUCCUUCAUACUUUGUCUCAGCAUACCAGGUAUGUCACAGCUUGUGCCUUUGCACCACGCAGUCUCUUACUUGCCACGGGUUCAAUGGAUAAAGCUGUGCACCUAUGGCAGCUGGACAGUAAGCAUCCCUGUGCAGGAAACGCUAUAGGAAAUAACUCUAAGAUUAGAACUGCUGAGAACUGGUCAGAGGAUGAAGUUUCAGCCUGGCUUUGUGCACAGGGUUUCACAGAACUUGUUGGGCUUUUCAAAGCAAAUAACAUCGAUGGCAAAGAACUCCUGAAUCUUACAAGAGAAAGUCUGACUAAUGAAUUAAAAAUUGAGUCUCUUGGCCUGCGCAGCAAAAUCCUCCAGAAGAUCAAAGAGCUGAAGAUAAAAGCAGUCUCUGUUUCCAUUGCUGUUCCUGAUGAAUUCUUAUGCCCUAUAACUCGGGAGCUCAUGAAGGAUCCUGUCAUUGCAGCAGAUGGGUAUUCCUAUGAAAAGGAGGCAAUAGAAAAUUGGAUCAGCAAUAAAAGACGCUCUAGUCCCAUGACGAAUCUCCCUCUUCCCAGUCUUGUGCUUACACCCAACAGGACACUGAAAAUGGCCAUUGGCCGUUGGCUGGAGACUCAGCAGAACUGUGGUGAAACCACGUCGUUUUGAAGUUGUUUACUAAAAUGAAGUUACUGUGUCAGUAUGAACAGCUUGAAGUGGUCGCACCCCACAAAGCACUGGUCAGCAUGGGCUGAGCGCCCACCAGCAGCCAGCCGCCAUCCCACUGUGGUGGGAUCCCCCCGUGAUGUUGGAAGCAAAGUUCUACAACUACGUAAUGUACAAAAUAAUAUUUACACAUUUGAUUCGAUAAAUGAUCGCUUGGGUUUUGCAGAGGUGACAUGGCUUAAGUGACCUUCCUUACUGAUGUGAGAGUGUUGCUUUGAUGGCGCAUCUUGGUAUAAAUGCAGAACCUGUUUUGGUGCUCUAUUAUCUUGACAGUAGGCCACUGUUUGACACUUCAGCUCCUCGUGUGCUUUAGCUUGCAUACCAUUCUGGUUGCUCUCUCCUGGGACAGUAACAGCAGAGGAAGUUUUAGUUUGAGAGUGUUUGACUGAAAACUGCUCAAAAUUAGAAGACUGAACGCUCCCAGAAGAAACAUUUGCUGAUAAUCCAUCCGAGGUCUGAGAAUGCCAAGAGCGACUGGACUGAUUUUGCUGCUGAAACCUGGCAGUCUUAUCCAUGAUUCCCAUAAAUGGCGUAUUGCGAGGUCUGUGUUCAGCAGCAGUACCAUGAACUUGAUUAACUUUGUUCUCCUUGAUUCGAACGUCUGGCCCCAGCCCCUUAAUGCCAUCUGCAAAGCUACUCACUGAAGUUAAGCUGCUGGUUGAGCUGGCAAGAAUCAUACUGCUAGAUGGAGAACUAGAAGAGACAGUGCUGGGUACAGGGGUUUGCUGUCUUGCUUCACUGAAAUUCAUUUGAAAUGGGGCUGGUGAUGGGUCAGUGGUUUUGGAUUUCUUUGCAAAAGAGUGCUGUGAAUGGGAACACUGACUGGAUGUGAACUUCUCAUUGUACAGCUCAGAAGUAGCACCUGUGGAAGCACUUCCAGCAGAAAAUGUGCUUGUCCCAUCCAAAUGCUGAAUUUUAGAGUGUUGAGCUGGCACAGGACUUUGAGAAAGAUGCUGAAAAGGCGAUUGUGUCUUUGUAUUACAUUGAUUACUUCCCAGUUUUGAUCCAGGCUGGAUGGAGCUCAGGUGCUGAUUAGUUUUUACAAUCUGUGCUUGCUUUGUUGGCUGCAUGAUCAAGCCUGGCUCUCUUAGAUAUUUAUUGCCUGUUCUGCCUUGAGGGGACACAGGUCUCACUUUCUGCUGAACACUGUCUUGAAUGUUUCUAGCGUAUGAUGAAGCAGCUAAGGAGUGCUGCAGCCUUUGUGGAGAGGAAACAGAUUCAUCAGGGUGCGGUAGUUCUUCCUCUUUUUCUUGGAGAUGGAAGUUCUCAUUCACACCUUGAAUAACAUCCUCCUCCUCAUUAUCAGAGUUAUUAAUUUGCUGUCCUGACUGUGGGCACUGAUGCUUCUGUUGUUGUGUUCUCUGGAACUGCUUACACUCCUCUUCUACUCGAGCCAGAAGACGUUUUAUUUCCUGAUUGCUAGGACACAGCUUUGUGGCUUCAUGUAAGUCAGCAAGAGCAGCAAGUAGCUUUCUGUAUGAAGAAGACCCAGAAUUCAUUAAUAAAAACCUGGGACAAGUUUGAGUUUCAGCACUGCUUAUUGAGCAGUAAUAUCCACCUCCACCACUUUCAAAGAGAUGUUCUGAUCUGUCAUCUCCUGUAGGUGUGGUGAAAAGAUAAGAACUGUAUAGUCUCCAACCCAGGAAGUUCUGCAGUGGAAGCACAGACCUAGUCCUAAGUCUUUCCCCUCUUGCAUCCCAAGAGUCAUCAGGAAGGCAGCAGAAAUCAACUAGGAACUGAAGCACUGUCUCACUGUCUCACGAGCCCUUCACCUUCACAGGAGGUCACCAGCUAAACUCUGCUCCCUGUCAAUUUCUUAUUCUGCUUUGGGCUGGCACCAGUGCUACAAGCAGUGUGGGUGCUUCAUGCCCAGAGGUGCCCAAGGCCAUGGAUGGGGUGCUGGGGGGCAGUCAGCCCGUGGCAGGGGUGGAGCAGGGGGGGCUUUGGCAUUCCUUCCAUCCCAACAAUACUAUGGGUCUAUGAUUCUGUAGAAUACCUCUCCUUACUCACUCUUACAUUUAAAGGAACUCACUUCGUAUCAGUUUACUUCUAUCUACUUUCUGGGCUAAUAAUUACCUGAAUGGGUAUUUAUAUUGCUUUUUGGGCUUGGUUUGUUUUGACUGAUGGUGAAACCUAAUAAUACGGAAACUGUACCAAAAAAAUAUUUUUCUUUCUAAAUUCCAACCACAAAAAGAAAAGAAAAAACAGAAAAGAAAAGCAAUCACAGAAAGCAUUACAAAGUUAAAAAAAAAUGAAUGUGGACUUACGAACAGAAUCAAACAGUACCUGCUGUUCCUUUUUGCUCUUGCUCGAGCAUAAUAGGCUUCGUAAGACUUGGGCUUCAAAUCCAAUGCUUUGGUAGCGAACUCUUCAGCCAUACCAAAAUCCUAAUUAUUUAAACAAAUGUACUCAUUAUACACUGACAAUAAAAGAGAGCCUUGUGUGCUUCAA